ACAAGUCCAGGCUUGUGGCAAGGGGGUUUCAGCAGACAAAAGGGAAGGACUAUGAUGAGGUGUUUGCUCCUGUGGGGAAAGGAACAACACUGAGGGUGCUGUUGGCGAUAGCUGCACUCCUGGGAUGGAAGAUACGGCAGAUGGACAUUGUGACUGCUUUUCUGAAUGGGAUCAUUAUGGAGGAGGUGUACAUGAAGCAGCCAGAGGGGCUGGAUGAUGGGAGCGGCAGGGUCUGCAGGCUGAAGAAGGCCAUUUAUGGCCUUAAGCAGGCGCCUCGUGCAUGGUAUCACAAGUUGGAGGAGGCGCUGUUGGCUGGGGGUUUCAAGAAGAGUGAGUGUGACCCCACCCUGUUCCUGCUGCAGGAGAAGGAUGAAAUCCUCAUGCUCUUGGUGUACGUGGAUGAUAUCCUUCUCUUUUCUGCAUCAACUGCUUUGCUGGACAGCGCAGAGCAGAUGCUGGAGAUGCAGUUCAAGUGCUCCAAGAUGGGUGAGGUGAAGUACUACCUGGGGAUGCAUGUGGAGAGAGAUGUGGAAAAGGGUGUGCUGAGGUUGCACCAGAGGAAGUACUGUGAGGGGCUGGCUGAGAAGUAUGGGCUGCAAGAUGGGGGAAAGCCAGCAACACCACUACCUUCAGGGUUUACUGUGGGGCCAUGUGCUGAUGAGGAGGUAGUGGGUAAGAGUGACAGGAAGCUGUUUCAUUCAAUGGUUGGGUCGCUGAAUUAUGCUGCAAAUCAUACACGGCCUGACAUUGCAUUUGCUACAUCACGACUGGCUAGUGUGGUCUCACGCCCUAGUCAUGAGCAGCUGGAAGCGGCCAAGAGGUUGGUCCGCUAUGUGAGUGCUACGGCAUCAGUGGGAUUGGAGUACAGUGGAGUGAGGCAGCGGUUGCAGAGAGGUGCUGCAGAUGUGAAGAGUGGAAAGAUGCUCUUGAGUUGCUAUACUGACGCUAGCUUCAACUCAGUGAAAGCGGAUGGCACCAGCAUUGGGGGUUAUGUGUGCUUGCUAGGAGGUGGUGCUGUGAGCUGGCGCAGCAAGAAGCAAAAUGAGGUGGGAUUGUCCUCAUGUGAGACUGAGUACAUGGCCUUACACCAUGGGGCCAAGGAAGUAGUGUGGCUAAGGCGUUUGUUGGAGGAGUUGGGAGUUGGUCAGGAGAAGCCGACAGUUGUGUUUUGUGACAAUGAGUCCGCUGUGAAGCUCGCCAAGAAUGCUUGUCUGCAUGGGCUGACAAAACACAUAAGGCCUAAGUGGCAUUGGGUGAGGAGAAUCCUUGAUAAGGAGGUGCGGCUGGAGAUAGUGAAGACCCAUCAGCAGGCAGCAGAUAUUUUCACUAAGCGUCUGGCGGAGGCGGAUCAUUGGAAAGGCAUGAAGCUUGCUGGAAUGAGUGUGCAUUGAGUAUGCAUGCUUGAGAUGUUGGUAUGGUGGUUGAUGGUUGGCAGCCAGAGGGGGAGAUUGUUGUGUGAUGUCAUCAUAUGCUAUCACAUUCUGUCUGCCUCCCAUCCCAUGUUUUCAACUUGCAUGUGUGGUUUGAAUGUGCAAGCAUUUGUGUGGUGUGUGUUCUGGAGUUUGGGAAUGUGUUCUGUAUUAUUUUUGUUUGAGCAGGUAUUUGUGAUGAUAGAUCUUGAGAAGAUCUUUCCGACGCAACAAGAAUCGCUUCAAUCGGAGCAAGAACGCGAAAGCUAUGAAGAUUCAAAGUUCAUGAGCUUGCGUUACAAUUGCGGCGGUUACUAAGUGAAGUUGUGGGGUGACUUUAUAUGGAAUUCUUGAACUUUGAUUGAACUCUUGAGAUUGAGUUAAGUUCUCCUCCUACAGCUUACCCCCUAAUGCGUCGAAAGCCAUAGCGUCGCGAAUACUUUAUCAAUCAACAUGAUUCAAAUUGGGAACGGUAGCUGAGAUUAAGAGCUACAACAUAUCCAAGUUUCGCGACAUUCCAACGGCUAGUUGUUUGUCGACGUCGUUUCUUGUGAAGACGACUUUUCUGUCCAGAAUUUCGGAUUUAUAUUUUGAGUAAUUCUAGCUCCUAAGUUCACCUAGACUCCGUCCUUAAUCCUAACAAUCUUUACUAAGGCGCUUGCGCCUAAAGAUCAUCAGCGGCACUGCUUGCAGCUUGGUCUAGUUGUUGUAGACUCUCACUUGCUAGGACCUUGAUUGUGUACUCCUCUUUAUAUAUAUUCUUUAGACUUGCCUUGUGGUUCCUCUUCCAGUGUUUGGACUAGUAGUGCCACCCUGGUUUGCUUUGUCGUGUUUGUACUCUUGUUGACUAGUCUUCAGACCCCUGUCUCAGAGGUUUGACUAGUUGUG